AACCUCACCCUCGUCCCAAUCCCUGAUCCCUACCUGGCUCCCGGCAGCCCGCCGGGGGCUUCUUGCACUCCUGCUGCUGGGAGCUGCAAGCAGGGCCAUGCCGUGGCUUCUGAGCAAGGAGCGACGGCAGUCGCCCUCCAGCAGCAGCAGUGGGCAGCCCUGGGCUGCCACCAGCUCCAGCAGCACCUCCCAGCUCCGGGAGCAGGGGCUGGGCAGGCUGCACCGCGCGGCCGCCCGCGGCGACCUGGGCUGGCUGAGGCGGUGGCGCUGGUACGUGAAGGUAGUCGGCAUCGACAGGCGAGACCAGGAGAUGCGGACACCUCUGCAUCUGGCUUCGGCCAAUGGCCAUGCAGAGAAGCCUAAGGAUUCUUCAGAGGACU